AGAAAAACAAGUCUCGAAACUGAAAACGAAAAACGCAAAUUUAUGCAGCCGCUAAAUAAAAACAAAACAAAACACAAGACAGCGAAUUAAAAACAGCAAAUAGAAUAAAUCCAAUAGAUCGGCGCGCGAAACUCGCGUGUGUUAUCUAAUCUGCAAGAGAAGUACAAGAAUCGGUAUCGGUUCUAUACUAUAUCUAUAUCUAUAUAUCUAUAUCCAUUGUGUGUGUGCCAGUGUGUGCGUUGCGACCUUUGUUUUUAUAUAUUUUUUGUUGUUGUUCAAACUGUGAAACGUGCUUUACAAGCCGGGCGUUUAAAAUACAUACUAAAUACUACAACUACACACCACAAAAUAACAAAAUAACCAUAUAAAUAUGGCCAACAAGCAGAGGAAAUCGAGUGAAUGGGCCACGGCCACCGGCACAGUACCGCUCCUGGAAAGGUAUUGCAACAGCAACAGCAGCAGCGAAGAAACGGAAGUGGAAACGGAAGCCCAGAUCCCCAGAUCCAUCCACAGAGCCCCCCUGAUCCGCCACCUGCGCCACCUGCUCAUCGCCGGACUGCUGAUCGUCUGUUUGGUGGGCGGUACGGAGGGCCGGCGGCAUGCGCCGCUCAUGUUCGAGGAGUCCGACACGGGCAGGCGGUCCAACAGACCAGCGGUCACCGAAUGUCAGUUUGGCAAAGUCGUGCGCGAAUUGGGCUCGACCUGGUAUGCGGAUUUGGGUCCACCCUUCGGAGUGAUGUACUGCAUCAAGUGUGAAUGCGUGGCGAUACCCAAGAAGCGCCGCAUCGUUGCACGCGUCCAGUGUCGCAAUAUUAAGAACGAGUGUCCACCGGCCAAAUGCGAUGAUCCCAUCUCGCUGCCCGGCAAAUGCUGCAAGACCUGUCCCGGCGAUCGGAACGAUACGGAUGUGGCCUUGGAUGUGCCAGUGCCCAGCGAAGAGGAAGAGCGCAACAUGAAACAUUACGCUGCGUUGCUCACGGGCCGCACCUCCUAUUUCCUCAAGGGCGAGGAAAUGAAGUCCAUGUACACCACCUACAAUCCACAGAAUGUGGUGGCCACCGCCCGGUUUCUGUUCCACAAGAAGAACCUCUACUACUCGUUCUACACCUCGGCGCGGAUCGGUCGUCCCCGGGCCAUUCAGUUCGUCGACGAUGCCGGUGUCAUUCUGGAGGAGCACCAACUGGAAACCACACUGGCCGGGACUUUGAGUGUCUACCAGAAUGCCACCGGCAAGAUUUGCGGCGUUUGGCGUCGUGUGCCCCGCGAUUACAAGCGCAUCCUGCGCGACGAUCGCCUCCAUGUGGUGCUCCUCUGGGGCAACAAGCAGCAGGCCGAGUUGGCCCUCGCCGGCAAGGUGGCCAAGUACACGGCCCUCCAGACGGAACUCUUUAGCUCGCUCCUCGAGGCGUCGCCCCAGUCGGAUCCCCAGCUGGCCGGAGCAGGCGGCACGGCGAUUGUGUCCACCAGCAGCGGUGCCGCCUCCUCGAUGCAUCUCACCCUGGUCUUUAAUGGCGUCUUUGGCGCGGAGGAGUUUGCGGAUGCCGCGCUGAGUGUCCGCAUCGAGUUGCCCGAACGCAAGGAGCUGAUCUUCGAUGAGAUUCCCCGCGUGCGCAAACCCUCCGCCGAGAUCAAUGUCCUGGAGCUCUCCUCGCCCAUCUCCAUUCAGAAUUUGCGCCUGAUGUCGCGUGGCAAGUUGCUGUUGACCGUCGAGUCCAAGAAGCAUCCCCACCUGCGCAUCCAGGGACACAUUGUGACCCGUGCCAGCUGCGAGAUCUUCCAGACCCUCCUGGCGCCGCACAGCGCCGAAUCCUCGACCAAGAGCAGCGGCCUCGCCUGGGUCUAUCUGAACACCGACGGCUCGCUGGCCUACAACAUCGAAACGGAGCACGUGAACACCCGCGAUCGGCCCAACAUCAGUUUGAUCGAGGAGCAGGGCAAGCGCAAGGCCAAGCUGGAGGAUCUGACGCCCAGCUUCAACUUCAACCAGGCCGUCGGCAGUGUGGAGAAGCUGGGGCCCAAGGUUCUCGAGUCGCUCUACGCCGGCGAGCUGGGCGUCAAUGUGGCCACCGAACAUGAGGCUAGUUUAAUCCGCGGACGUCUAGUUCCCCGUCCAGUGGCCGAUGCCCGUGACUCCGCUGAGCCUAUUCUGCUCAAGCGAGUGCAGGAGGAGGAUCCCCAUGCCGUGGGCAUGGCCUGGAUGUCCAUCGACAACGAGUGCAAUUUGCACUACGAGGUGACCCUCAACGGUGUGCCCGCCCAGGAAUUGCAACUGUAUCUCGAGGAGAAGCCCAUCGAGGCCAUUGGAGCGCCUGUCACUAGGAAACUACUCGAGGAGUUCAACGGCUCGUAUCUGGAGGGCUUCUUCCUCAGCAUGCCGUCGGCGGAGCUGAUCAAGCUGGAGAUGAGCGUCUGCUAUCUGGAGGUCCACUCGAAGCACUCCAAGCAGCUGCUUCUGCGCGGCAAGCUGAAGAGCACCAAGGUGCCGGGUCACUGCUUCCCCGUCUACACGGACAACAAUGUCCCGGUGCCGGGCGAUCAUAACGACAAUCAUCUGGUUAAUGGCGAGACCAAGUGCUUCCACUCCGGACGCUUCUACAACGAAUCGGAGCAGUGGCGCAGUGCCCAGGAUUCCUGCCAGAUGUGCGCCUGCCUGCGCGGUCAGUCCAGUUGCGAGGUCAUCAAGUGUCCUGCCCUCCGUUGCAAGGCUGCCACGGAGCAGCUGCUCCAGCGGGAGGGUGAAUGCUGUCCCAGUUGUGUGCCCACACAGCAGUCAGCCGUACAAUCCUCGCCGGCCGUGAAUGCCAGCGAUUUGCUGCAACAGCGACGCGGCUGCCGGCUGGGCGAUCAAUUCCACACGGCCGGAGCCAGCUGGCAUCCAUUCCUGCCGCCCAACGGCUUCGACACCUGCACCACCUGCAGCUGCGAUCCGCUGACCCUCGAGAUCCGGUGCCCCCGGCUCGUCUGCCCGCCGCUGCAGUGCAGCGAGAAGCUCGCCUACCGGCCGGACAAGAAGGCCUGCUGCAAGAUCUGCCCGGAGGGCAAGCAGAGCAGCUCCAACGGGCACAAGGCGGCGCCGAACAACCCCAAUGUGCUGCAGGACCAGGCCAUGCAGCGAUCGCCCAGCCACAGUGCCGAGGAGGUCCUCGCCAACGGCGGCUGCAAGGUGGUCAACAAGGUCUACGAGAACGGCCAGGAGUGGCACCCCAUCCUCAUGUCCCACGGCGAGCAGAAGUGCAUCAAGUGCCGCUGCAAGGACUCCAAGGUGAACUGCGACCGCAAGCGCUGCUCCCGCUCGACGUGCCAGCAACAGACUCGUGUCUCCAGCAAGCGGCGGCUGUUCGAGAAGCCCGACGCAGCGGCUCCGGCCAUCGACGAGUGCUGCUCCACCCAGUGCCGCCGGUCGAGGCGCCACCACAAGCGGCAACCGCACCACCAGCAGCAGCGCUCCUCCAGUUGAGCGGUUGCGGUUGUAGGUUGUAGGAUGGCCGGGGGAUUCCGAGUUCAAUCCCGAUCUAGAUUCAGUUGCAGAAGCAGAAACAGAGCCACGGUAGAAAGUUGAGCCACUCACUCACUCAGUGCGAUGUGCACCACCACCCAACCACUCACACACACACUCACUCACACUAACACACAUCACCCACACAAACGAGCCUACAUACACACACUUGUGCAAGGACUUGCAUAGAUCGUUGUUGUUAUGUGGCAGCAAUGAAAACUUGUAUUAUAUAUUUGAAAACAGAAAAACAAAAGGAGGAGGAGGAGGAGAGAAUUCUCAAAAAAAAAAAAAUAGAGAAAAGGAGAGGGUUAGAGAGAUGAUAAUGAGAUCCUUGGAAAAGGACAUUAAACCAGUGCAGUUUGCUUUAAAUUCUCCAGCGCAGAAUUUUCAACAGAAAGCAUUUUCUGAAUUUCUUUUCACAACCCGCCCCCCAUUGAUUUCCCCCACCAUCCCAGGCACCCAAAAAAAAACAUUAAAAUUAAAUUUUAAUUUAUUAAAAAAAGCACCAUAAAAAUCACAUUAAAAAACACUACCAAAAACAAAAAGAAUUCGAAAUUGAAACUGUACUGAGUUUUGAAAACACACACAUUUGACUUAUUGAAAUACUUAAACCUUUUCAAUUCAUUUAAAUUCAAAUUUAAAUUGAAAUUUGAAAGCAAAUCGAUAACGCAGCAGCUAUCGUGGGAAUAUUAACUUAAAUCUAAUUAUUCUGAUUAUACAUAUAUACAAUAUU